CAUUCUCUCUCUUCCUAUCUCCGGGGAGACCGAAGUUUUCCCCCAAUAAUCCUAAUCCCUAGCUUAUUUCCCGAUAUUUUUUCUUUUAUUUUCCGCCAUUAUUUUCAAAUCGAUCCUUCCGGGGCAAAUCCCCGCUAAAAAAACCCCUCCGGCCCAUCGAAUCCGAUGGCUUUUCACAUCUCCUGCCCGAUCACUUGCCGGCGGAUAUGCUACUGCGAGCUGGGGUUCGGGCGAGGGCUGCGGAGCGAGAAGGAAAGGCGGGUGUUUGUGGAGGAGAUCGGGGUGUUGGAGGAGUUUUUGCGGGAUCCAUGGCUGGUGAGGGCUGGGAGUGUAGGGGACGCGGCGGCGGUUCAGGUAUUGGUGCCGAAGGUGGAUCCUGUUCCGGCUGCAGCGGCUUAUGGUGGCGGAGAUGGGGAGGACGCGUACUCUGCGUCAGCGCAUGUCAGGCGUAUGGCGUUGCAGCGGCAGGCUGUGGCGGCUUCGGUUGCUGCUGAGAACUAUGUGAGGAAGAUGGAGGUCAUCGGUGCUGCGGAUUCUCCCGAACCAAUACCCGGUGAACAGACGAUUGACCCUGCCAGAGAUGAGCAAGGUUCUACUGUCAAGGUCAUGUGCCGCUUGUGUUUCUCCGGGGAAAAUGAAGGCAGUGAUAGGGCUUUGAAGAUGCUCUCAUGUCAGUCUUGUAACAAAAAGUAUCAUAGGCGCUGCUUGAGAAGUUGGGCGGAAUAUAGAGAUUUGUUUCACUGGAGUUCAUGGGUUUGCGCCUCUUGCCGCAUCUGUGAGAUAUGUCGAAGGGCUGGAGAUCCCAACAAGUUGAUGUAUUGUAAAAGAUGUGAUGGUGCCUACCAUUGCUAUUGCCAGCAGCCCCCACACAAAAACGUCAAUCAUGGACCUUACCUGUGCUCCAAGCACACGAGAUGUCAUAGUUGUGGGUCAACAGUUCCUGGAAGUGGUCCUAGCACAAGGUGGUUUUUAGGAUAUACUUGCUGUGAUGCUUGCGGACGAUUGUUUGUAAAAGGAAACUAUUGUCCAGUUUGUUUGAAGGUUUAUAGAGAUUCGGAAACAACGCCUAUGGUUUGUUGCGACAUAUGCGAGCGAUGGGUGCAUAUUGUCUGUGAUGGCAUCAGUGAUGAAAAAUAUCAGCAGUUUCAGACUGACCAGAAUCUGCAAUAUGUUUGCGCUGCAUGCCGUGGCGAUUGUUACCAGGUUAAAGAUAUAGAUGAUGCUGUUAGAGAGCUUUGGAAUAGGAGAGAUGAAGCAGAUCGUAAUCUUAUUACAAGUUUGAGAGCUGCUGCUGGUUUGCCUGAAGACUUAAUAUUCUCCACUUUACCCUAUUCUGAUGAUGAAUCGGAUGGUCCAGCAGUACAUAGAAAUGUUCAUGGAAGAUUUUUGAAAUUUUCUGUUAAAGGCUUGAGUGAUAAAUCAGCCAAGUCUUGUAAAGACUCCGGGAAGAAUAGUUCUAAGAAUUUGCCUUCUAAUAAAAAGUUCAUUAAAAAGAAAGAAUUGCAGAUAAAAUUUGUUAGUAAAGCGGAUCGUCUGUCUCAAAAUUCAGAAGUAAAGAUGAAUGACUCAGUUCACGAUAAUCUCAAAUCAUGCGGAGCUGAUGGACCAGAAAGUUUUUCAUCACCGAGUGCUGGAAUUGCUGGAGAUGCUAAGAUGGAGAACAAUCACACAUGUGGGAAUGAAGUUAUUGGUGAUCCUUCAGAUAGGGUGAUCAAGAUCCAAAAGAAACAGCUAUCGGAUAGUCAUUUUAAGGAAUGUGGGGGUAAAAAUGCAAACAAGGCGGAGACCGUAAAAGGAACCAAGUUGGUCAUACAUAUUGGUGGAAGAAAUCGAAAUGUUACAAGCUCUCCUAUGUCUGAAAGUUCUAGUUGUCAGAGAGAACAAGAUUUAUCUUUUCUCCAUGGUAGUGAAAAUAACAGCCACGGUCAGAUGAAAAAUAGCAAGAAUGGUUUUUCUCAGUCUCAGGUUGAAGGUUUUAAUGUUGAUGGAGAAGGGAUCAGACAAGACAAUACUAACAAAAUGAGUAUUUCAAAACAUGGAGACAAGCAAAAAAAUAUUAUAAAGCUCGGAAAGGUUUCUGAUAUGCAUAGAAAAAGCAACGGUAACAUUUUUCCGGACAGCGUACCAAGGACUUCAUUAAGAAGUCCAAUAGUUGGGAAGAAGGGUGCUGGGGUAUUAGCAGACGAUGAAGCAAGGCUAAGGAAUGAUGAAGCUGUCCCAGCGAAACGCAUUGUGCAUCCUAAUUCGGAGUAUAAGAACAAUGCCGUUUUACCCUCAAAAGCCAUUUCAGGGGGGCAAAGUGAAAUCAAACCACUGCUCAAAUUGAAAUUCAAGAAUCCCUAUUUUGAGCAGAAGAGUUCUUGGGCCUCUCAAGGAGAAGAAGAGCACUGCGUGAAAGGACAUAGAUCGAAGCGAAAGAGACCUUUUGUGGAGAAAAGUACUUCUCUUCAACGCGAGGGCCUUGCAAAACAGCAUAACCAAAAUCAAAUAGAUGAGGCAGGAGAUGCAAAUUGGAUUUUGCAGAAGCUGGGCAAGGAUGCAAUUGGGAAAAAAGUUGAGGUUCAGCAGAGAUCAGGUGAUUCUUGGAAGAGGGGAGUAAUUUCAAAUCUCAUUGAAGGCACUUCCUCCUUAUCAGUUCAUUUUGAUGAUGGAAAAUCCAUGACUUUAGAGCUCGGAAAGCAGCGCGUUCGCUUUAUUCCACAGAAGCUUAAAAAGAUGAAGCCAUAAAACUAAUCUAUUGUGAAUAUAAGCUUCACAUCACUGUGAAUAUUUCCAGGAGAAUUAUGAUCUCUCCCUUCCCAGCGAGCCAAAGUGGGGCAGAUUUGUUAAUAGAUGAGACCAUUCUUCCUGUCCCUUCAUUCUGCUUCCACCAAAAAAGCUUCAAAAGAAUCAGGUUCUCUGCAAGCUCUGAGAAUCUGCCAUGGCUGACACCUUCAACUUUCUCCCGGGUUUUCAUGUAAGAGGUAACAUUGUUGUAUUGCCAGUUUUUUCUUUUUCUUCUUCUUCUUUUGUUGAGGAACUACUUAGCUUUAGAGAAGUUUCCCUUUCAUCAUUCCUUGCGAUAGUUGUAACUGAGACAAGGCUCUUCUAUUCUUAUAUACUAAUAAUAAUUAGUUGGGGGGCCUUAUUGUCAUUAUGAUAUCUUCUCCUAUCAUUUACUGAAGAAAAUAUUCACUCAUGAUUGGCUCAUAGUUUUUGGUUUCUUUGAGAUGUUAUGAAUUGUGCACGAGGAAUUUGGGUGAUAACUAGUUAAAUUUGUACGGCGGAACGCCCGUCGUAGUUAUUGUUAGUGUACUC